UGUAACAUCAUUGUCCUUUCGUUGUACUCUUCUGAGCUCCCUCAACAAGCUCCAAAAAUUCUAAACUGCGUAGCUGUGGCUUUCUCAAAAUUCACUGAAAUCUUGCCUUCCCUUUCCUUUCCUAAACAAAUACAUAUAAAAGUCUCAAUCCCGUCAAUUCUCGCCUAUUAACCUUUUAAAGGAUCAACAAUGGCAAGCACAGGAGAAGAUACCACCAUCCAGUACUUCAAGAAAGGCGCCGCCGUGGAAAUUAGCAGCAACGAUGAAGGAUUUCGUGGCUCGUGGUUUGAGGGCACUGUUAUACGCCCCCCCUCGGAAACAACUACCCCAAUAUCAUCGAGAUCCAAGAGGAAUUCCGUUCGCAAUCAGUACAAUAAGAACAAGAAGAAUACCCUCCGGGUGCUGGUGGAGUACAAGAACCUGAUGGAGGACGAGGCAGGCACAAAGAGGCUGAGAGAGGAGUUGGAGUUGGUGCAACUGCGUCCUCCCCCUCCUCGAGAAAAGCUCCAGAGCUUCAAAUUCAACGAGGAAGUCGAUGCGUACUACAACGAGGGGUGGUGGGAGGGUGUAGUCACCGGGGUGCUGGGGAACGAUAUGUACUCGGUGUUCUUUCGGGGCAAUAGGGAACAGAUAGACUUUAAGGCCUCCCAGCUGAGGCUGCACCGCGAGUGGGUUAAAGGGAAAUGGAUCCCUCCUUUGGAAGAUGUCCCUCCGUUGGAACUGGAACACGAUGAGAAAGUUUCAGCCCCAAUUGAAUUGAAGCUCAAUAAUGAAGAGAUAAUUGAGUUUGGCGAAGGUGCACUAGUGGAAGUAAGCAGCGAUGAAGAUGGUUUUGAAGGUGCUUGGUUUGCCGCAACUGUGAUAAAAAAGCUAGAUGAAAGAAAAUAUCUAAUCGAGUAUCAGAACCUCAGAAAUGAUGAUGAUACAGAAUUCGUAAAAGAAGAGGUUGAUACUCUGCAUAUACGGCCAUGUCCACCUGAAGUUGGACAAAUUGACUCUUUUGAAGUCCUGGAUGAGGUGGAUGCUCUGUAUAACGAUGGAUGGUGGGUGGGUGUGAUUUCCAAAGUAUUUAAAGGCAAUAAGUACACUGUGUACUUCAGGGGCACCAAUGAGAAUUUAAAGUUUAAACACUCCGACUUGCGGCGGCAUCAGGAAUGGAUAAAUGGCAAAUGGGUGAUAGCCUCGUCACAGGAUCUGAAGUCGUAAUGUCCAAAGAAAUGCAGGUUCCAGACGGCUGAAUAACUUGACAUGUAUCCUUUCCAGAUGGUGUAUAUCCCUGCUCCCUAGAUGAAGUAUUCAUUGUACUGCAUCAAAUUUAUGGUUAAGAAGGUUACUAGGUUAGGAACAAUGUUUUCUUGGCUUCUCUUUGCUACUGGUGUUAUGGUGCCUUUGGAAUUCUUUGCUUAAGUAGGGAAUAACUUCUGAAUUAGAAAUUUUUAGCGUGCAAGAACAAACACGAGUAGUGCUACUUUUUACUAUUUUAAUUUGGGAUGCAUAUUUUUGUUUACA